AUGGCGAUCUUGCUCUUCAUCAGAUCCCUCUAUCUCCUUCCUCUCCUCUUCUUCGUGGCAGCCAAUGCAUUCUUUGAAGAGCUGCCAUUCUGGGGGCUUGACCCUUUUCAAUCUGGUUUUAACCCAGGAGAUAGAGGAGGAGGAGGAGGAAACAAUGAGGUUGUCACCUUCAAACCUAUAGAGAUUACCGGCAGGGGAUUCAAGGGAAGUUGGGAGUUGGCAUCGGAAAACUCGGGUGUAUCGGCGAUGCACCUCAUUUUGUCACCCCCGAACAACAAGGCCAUCAUGUUCGAUUCUACCAUCUUCACUCCUGCUAAGAUGGAGUUGCCAAAAGGCAAAUGCCGCCCCGUUCCAGGAAAACCCAAUGAGAUGGAUUGCUGGGUUCAUGCCGUCGAAUAUGAUAUCGACACUGCCGAUGUUCGUCCUCUAAAGAUUUUAACAGACUCGUGGUGCUCAUCCGGAGGGCACGAUGUGGAUGGUACAAUAGUAAACACAGGAGGAUGGAAUGACGGAGGAAAAGCCACAAGGUGGUUGUCUAAUUGCAAAGAUUGUGAUUGGAGGGAUUAUGCCACCGUUCUUUCCGGCAUAAGAUGGUAUGCUACCCAACAAAUCCUAGCAGACGGCAGCUUCAUCAUUGUCGGCGGUCGCCGGAAGUUCAGCUAUGAAUACUUGUCCAAGGAAGGAAAUAACAACGCUGCUAAAGAUCAUCUUCUCCCGUUCCUCCGUGAAACCACCGAUAAAGAUGAGAACAACCUUUAUCCUUUCGUUUAUCUCUCCACAGAUAAUAACAUCUUCCUUUUCGCCAACAACCGUUCCAUUCUCAUCAAUACCAAAACCAACACCAUUGUUCGCGAAUUCCCCGUCAUGCCCGGCGGUUCCCGGAACUACCCAGCAUCCGGCAUGUCUGCACUUCUUCCGAUAAGACUAGAAGAAAACAAUCCCGAAAUUGUCAAAGCUGAAGUCAUUGUCUGUGGAGGUACUACUCCAAACGCAUUCUAUCUUGCUGAUACACAGAAAUUAAUGUUAGAUGCCUUGAAAAGCUGUGGGAGACUUGAAAUCACAAACCCUAAAGCUCAAUGGGUUAUGGAAGACAUGCCAAUGGGUAGGGUUAUGAGUGAUAUGCUUAUCCUUCCAACCGGAGAUCUUCUCAUGAUCAACGGUGCAGAGAAAGGAGCUUCUGGUUGGCAAUUUGCUGACGUUCCAGCCUUAAAUCCUGUACUUUAUUCUCCUGAUGCUCAAGAAGAAGAACGCUUCACUGUACUCGAGGGAACCACAAUUCCCCGUAUGUAUCAUUCCACAUCUGCUGUUCUUCCAGAUGGCAAGAUUUUAGUGGCUGGAAGCAACACAAACGAUCGAUAUUCCUAUACCAAGGUCAAGUACCCUACAGAAUUUAGGGUUGAGAAGUUCUCGCCACCUUACUUGGACCCAAUGCUAGCCCCAAUCCGGCCAGAAAUCGUAGAGGAUUCAUUGCAGAAAAAGAUUAAAUAUGGCGAGAAAAUUCGAUUCCAGUUCUCAGUAAGACAGCCUUUGGUGAAUCCUAAUGAAUUGGAGGUGACAAUGUAUUACCCACCAUUCACAACUCAUGGUUUCUCAAUGAACCAGAGAAUGUUGGUCUUGGCUAUCACAAGGGUUUUCCCAAUUGGGUUUGGGCAGCAUGAGAUGACAGCUCUGGCUCCACCGAGUGGCGUGCUUGCUCCUCCAGGUUAUUAUCUUCUAUUUUUAGUUCAUCGUGGAGUGCCCAGUCCUGGACAGUGGAUCCAUAUCAAGUAGAAAA